CAAAGCAAGAUGUUUGUGUUGAGGUGUAUUUACUAAGGUUUAUUUGCGUGUGUUGACAAUUAGACAUUGUAAUUCAUCUGCCUUAUCACUCGUCUCAUGAAAUAUAUUUUCUUUUAUCAGAAUCAACAUGAAGAAGAAAAAAAACCCACAUCAUGCCAGACAACAGGCCCUCUUGCAAGAAGUGUCAGAGUGCAAGUAUCUGCAAAUUUGAAAGAGAAAGGUGUUCAAGCAGAGCUACAACCAAGAAUGAGGAGUAUCGGAGUGCAGUUUAAUGGGAGAGAUGAUAUCCCAGACUCGCAAUCAGCACAAAAACCUGCUUUGACACAUGACUCCUCUAGUAGUGACCAAUCUAUGGCUACUCCUUGUGACAGUGAAGCUGCCUCCAUGUAUGAACCAUCAGGCUCCAGUUCAGAUGAAUCACGGCUUGAUAUGGAGGGUGAAGUACCACACAACCCUUUAGAAGAAAGGAAGUUCAUUGUGAGCGAAUCUCAGCUACUUGAUCUGUAG